GUAAUUACUACCAAGUUUAGAAAAUACUGUCAUGUUUGAAGUCUGGUACUGCCAAAACAUGACAGUAAUUAGUCUAAUUUUAGAAAUAAAAACAUUAUUACAAUUCUAUUUUGGAAUUUCCACACAUUUUUAGUUUUAUUUCGGAUAAUAUUCUCUUUUUUUCUCUACCGCGCCAAGAGAAAAAAAAAAGAUAAUAUUCUCUUCUUUCUAACAUAUUCGGAUAUGUUCCAAGUAAAACAAGAUUCGGACUACGGAGUGUAUCCAAAAAGAUCUAUUACAAAAGAAAAACCAAAGAGGGAGAUUUGUCCACCGACUCCACACUCCACAUCCAAUAAUGGCCGCCCACAUCCCCCGAAACGACGUCGCAAGAGCUGAGGUGGUUGCAGUGAUGGUGCCUUUGCCGGGACAAGGCCAUCUCAACCAGUUCCUCCACCUCUCCCGCCUGCUCACUUCCUACGAUAUACCCGUCUAUUACACCGGCGCCGCCACCCACAUCCGCCAGGCCAAACUCAGAGCCCAGGGUUGGGAUCCCAACUCUGUCUCCAAACUCCAAUUCCAUGAAUUUCCCACACCUCCUUUCGAAUCCCCAUCCCCUGAUCCCAAAACUAGAUUCCCUUCCCAGAUCCUCCCGGCCUUCACCGCCGCCUUACUCCUCCGCGAGCCCCUCCGUGAGUUCCUAUCGAAUCUCUCCAAGAAAACCAGGAGGGUAGUCGUAAUUUAUGAUUCUAUGAUGGCUUGGAAUGUUCAAGACGUUCCGAGUAUCCCCAACGCCGAAUCUUACGCCUUCGAGGCCAUCUCGGCUCUCUCGAUUUACUUCUUCCACUGGGAAAGAAUGCAGAAGCCUCCCCUGCCCUCGGAAGCUCAGGUGAUAGAAGAAACUCCAGAUUUUGAAAGCUGCGUGACUCCACAGGUUUUGGAAUUUGUCAAGAUUCAAACAGAUGCCUUGAAAUUCAACUCCGGGACUGUGUUCAACACCUGCCGGGUGAUCGAAGGAGCGUUCCUAGACUUGCUGGCGAAAGACCCGUCAGCUGGAACAGGGCAGAUAUGGGCUAUGGGACCUUUCAACCCGAUAACCCUGCCCUCAGAUGAACAUCCUGGCGGCAAUCGGAACCGGUGUCUAGCCUGGCUCGAUAAACAGGAGAAGAAUUCAGUGGUUUAUAUUGCGUUUGGAUCUUCCACAACUUUACCGGACGGCCAAAUCCAUCAGAUCGCCGUUGGAUUGGUGCAGAGCAAGAAGAAAUUCAUAUGGGUAGUUAGAGAGGCGGAUAGAGUGGACGUUGCCGCCGGAGAUGAAAGCAGCGCUGACCUGCCGGAAGGGUUCGAAGAGGAAAUCGGAGGGAUGGGAAUGGUGGUUCGAGAUUGGGCACCGCAACUGGAAAUUCUCGCCCAUCCUUCGACGGGUGGAUUCAUGAGUCACUGCGGAUGGAAUUCGUGCAUGGAAGGGAUUUCAAUGGGAGUCCCCUUUGCGGCGUGGCCGAUGCACUCGGAGCAGCCGUGGAACGCCGCGCUAAUGACGAAGGUACUGAAAACCGGCUUACUGGUGCACGACUGUUCCCCUCAAGAAGUGGUCGAUUCAGUGAAAAUCGCAGAAGCUGUUGAGAGAUUAAUGGGGUCCUCAGAAGGUGAUGCGAUGAGGAGAAGAGCAGAAGAAAUAAGUGGCGCCAUCAAGCAGGCGGUGAUGGAAGGAGGUGAUAUUUGGAAGGAGAUAAAUUCUUUCGUUGCACACAUCACCAGAGAGUAGUGGUUACUCAGUAACAAUUGUGUGUAAAUUUUAAGCGGGGAAAUCUCUUAUCCACGAAAUUAAAAUGUCA